AUGGCUUUGCGUGUCGCUGCGGAGAAAGCGUCGGCGGCGUCCACGGCUAGUCCAGCCGUCACAUUGUAUCGCUACAUCACUAAACAGGUGCCUCGAGUUUUAACGCUUUAUGAUAUCUCGAUGGAGCCGUCUGAGGCGCGGCUUGCUGUUCAAGCAUUGUUUCGCGAGCACGCAGAAGUUAAGGACCCGCGCAUUGUCGAUAUGCUCAUCACUAAAGCCAACAUGGAACUGGAGGAAACUUUAAUGCAGUGGAAGCAAAAGGUUCACCUACUUACGCUGCUGGAACGUGCUCAGACGUUACGUCAACCUAAGCUUGUAAACUCAGUGGACCAGUCACUCGAGAAAUUUUUCGCUGGCAUAGAUGAUGAAGAGGACGAGCUUUAA